UCAGGACACCACAGCCACCACACACACUCGCCCCACACCAUCGCUCAACCCCGCGACUUCGUUGUAUCUCGGACAAGUAUUCAGUAUGGACUGCAAGCUGAUCCUGCUCGCCGCCCUCGUGGUCGUCGCCGCCGCCAGACCUCAGGAUGAGCAACCAGCUGUGUAUCAGUUCUCAUGGGAAGUGAAUGACCCAGAGAGUGGCAACAACUUCGGGCAGACGGAGUCUCGUGAUGGAGACAACACCGAAGGCCGCUACGAGGUGGUUCUCCCAGACACUCGCAAGCAGAUCGUAACUUAUACAGUCAACGGCGACGGAGGCUUCGUCGCCGAUGUCCAGUAUGAAGGCGAGGCUGUGUUCAAGCGCUAAAUAGAAAAAUGGCGGCAGAGAAAGUAGGGACUCUGAAGCACAAACUAUGUCAAAAAUAUAUGGAUUAUGUGCAGUUUACAUACUUGUCAAUGAUAGAUGAUGUGCUGUCAUUCCUAGCAUUGACUUGGAUGUGACGCUUCAGAUUAGUGUGAAUGAAGGAUCUUAAUUCCACGGUGCUUCCUCAAGUAAUGUAUGACCACUGAGAUGUGAAGUUUAGCCAUUAUCUUUCACGAAGACUAAUAGUCUUUGAUUUUACAUGAUGCUGUGAUAUGGGUUAAUUUUCAUGACUCAGACUACUGUUAUGUUACAUUGUUGUAUAUUGUCUUGAAUCUUGCAAUUCCCAUGCAUGUUCAUGCAUUAAUAAAUUUUACAAUUUAA